ACCCCGUGCUGCACCUCCUUCCCCCCGCCAGCCCUGCUGAGCUCCGCGCUGGCCCUGGCCGCCCGGCUGAGCGUGCUGCUCCCCGCUUUGCAGGGUAAAGGACGCAGCAAGCAGAUACUGGUGCUGGGCCUGGAUGGGGCUGGGAAAACCAGCGUUCUCCACUCCCUGGCAACUAACCAUGUCAAGCGCAGCGUGGCUCCCACCGAGGGCUUUAAUGCCGUCUGCAUCAACACCGAAGAGUCCCAGAUGGAGUUCCUGGAGAUCGGGGGCAGUGAAUCUCUGCGUUCAUACUGGAAGAUGUACCUGCCCAAAGUGCUGUUGCUAAUCUAUGUCGUGGACUCGGCUGAUCAUGCCCGACUGCCUGUGGCGAAACAGCUGCUUCAUCAGCUGGUGCAGAGCAACUCCACCCUACCCGUGGUGGUUCUGGCCAACAAGCAG